CGUUGGACUACCCUAAACCCGGCUCAGUUCGUACCCAGGGUCGGCUCGGUGAGGCGAAGCCUUGUAGCUCAGCUCGUCACCCAAGUGAGAAAACGUUAUCCCUCGGCGGAUCAACACUGAAAUAUCCUAACAUUACCGUCGGAUUUGUGUCCCACAGUUCUCCAAUAUGUGCGGUAUCUGGGCUUUAUUCGGCAGCGACGGAAACGUGGCAGAGCAGUGCUCCUGUGCGCAGAAGAUCGCACAUCGAGGUCCUGACUGUUUCCGUCUGGAGAGCGUGCGUCAGUUUGACCGGUGUGUGCUGGGGUUCCACCGCCUGUGUAUCAAUGACGGCGAGCACGGCAUGCAGCCCAUGCGCGUCAGGAGGUACCCUCACCUGUGGCUGUGCUGCAAUGGGGAGAUCUACAACCAUAAACAG